AAACCGUAGACCCGACCGGUUUUUGGCCAACCCGAAAUGAUCCAACACAUUGUCUGAAAGAGAAGAAACAAAAGAUCCAAAAGGUUAUGGCUUUGUCUUUGGUCUCCUCUGUUUCUUAUAUACAACCCUCAAACCAGUUCCAUUGUUUCUCUCUAAGAAAAGAAAAAUCAGAACUUGAUAGAUUACUAUUGUGGAGCUCUCAUCAGAAAAAUCAUAAACUGAUUAGUAAAAGAACGUUUUCUCAGAGAUUUGCUGUGAAAAUGUCUGCUUCCACUACUGUGCCUAUGAAUCUUGGCCGAGCAAAGAAGGUUUGGAUAUGGACCGAGUGCAAAGAAGUGAUGACAGUUGCGGUGGAGCGAGGAUGGAACACGUUUAUAUUCUCAUCAGACAAUCGAAAUCUAUCCGAUGACUGGUCAUCGGUUGCGUUGAUGGAUACAUUGUUUAUUGAAGAUAAGGGAGUUACUGAUGGUAGUGGAAACGUUGUAGCUUCGGUCUUUGAGGUAUCAACACCUGAGGAGCUACAGAAGCUCAAGAUUGAAACUGAGGAGAGAGAGAAUAUUGUUCUUGAUUUCUUAGACUGGAAGUCGAUCCCGGCGGAGAAUCUAGUGGCGGCUCUUCAAGGAAGUGUGAAAACAGUGUUUGCCAUUUCAAAUACUUCUUCAGAGGCGACUCUAUUCCUCGAGGCUUUAGAGCACGGUCUUGGCGGGGUCAUUCUUAAGUCCGAGGAUGUUAAAGCUGUUCUUGAUUUAAAGGAAUAUUUUGACAAGAGAAAUGAGGAAAGUGAUACAUUAAGUUUGAAGGAAGCUACUAUAACUCGGGUUCAAAUGGUUGGUAUGGGAGACCGAGUCUGUGUUGAUCUUUGCAGCCUCAUGAGACCCGGUGAAGGUCUUCUUGUAUGUUGUUUACCUGUUGGUUCUUUUGCGAGAGGACUCUUCUUGGUUCACUCAGAAUGCUUGGAGUCUAAUUACAUUGAAAGCAGACCAUUUAGAGUUAACGCUGGGCCGGUGCAUGCGUAUGUCUCUGUUCCAGGUGGAAAGACUUGUUACCUUUCAGAGUUAAGAACGGGAAGAGAGGUAACUGUUGUUGAUCAGAAAGGGAAACAGCGGACAACGGUCGUUGGACGAGUCAAAAUCGAGAAGCGUCCACUUAUUCUUGUAGAGGCUAAGCUUAGCGUAAAGGAGGAGGAAACGGUUUUUAGCAUCAUCUUACAGAACGCGGAAACAGUUGCAUUAGUCACUCCGCACCAAGUAAACAACUCAUCUAGAAAAACCGCUGUUCCGGUGACCUCGCUGAAACUUGGGGAUCAAGUUUUGAUCAGAUUACAGGGCGGUGCACGUCAUACCGGUAUAGAGAUUCAAGAAUUCAUCGUCGAGAAUUGAUCAAACACUUUUGCGGGUAACAUUGAGACAUAUUCAAAUAAAAUGUUUUUGUCUCUAUUCAAUUCUUCUUUUAUGUAUAGGUGUCGCUUAUUUUGGUAGAUAUAUAAGGACAUAAUAUAACGAAGUAACGAACCAACAGGAUACUAUUUACAAUUUCGUUUCCAUUUUAAUUAAUAUAAACGUAAAUAAUCUAUUUAUAUAAA